AUGUUGGCCGGAAAAGGAAUUCGACGCGCAGUCUCCCAGGGCCGCCAGUUUGUGCGCAACGCAGUUACGGGCGGUUACGGCCAAACUCCACUCGACACGAAGAUUCCGAGCAAGAGCGCCAUGUCAAAAUACGCAACAGUGGCCGGAGUCGGGGCCGCUGGUGUGGCGGCUUAUGCCUAUUUCAGGCCGACUGAUCGGUCCCGCCCUAACGCCACCUCGGGCCCGAUGGUCAUGCAGCCAAAUUCAGGCUCUGUGCACAGAGCCCACCAAACCCUUGGCGUCGACCGAGCCGCCACCGAG